UUUAUGAUCGACGUUUGACUCUACCUGUUGAUUGUAACAUGGUAUUCUGUUUGAUAAAUUAAACUUAGGGGUAAUAUAUCUUAUUUCGAUCGACAUAUUUAUGCAUUUGUAAGAAUUUAUUACAGAUGUGGACUUAGGGUCCUGACAUUCUGUCUGCUUUAAAAGAAAUUUGAUAAUUUCCAAACGGAACGUAAUUCAAAAUUAGAGUUAAAAAAAAAAAUGAGAAAAAACAAAACAAAACAAAAAACAGUCGAGAGCAAAAUAUGGAAAAAAAAUAUCCAGAUGUACACAUAAAUAUAAAUCAUAAUGUUUAUUGUCUGCAUGAAUUAAUGCUGAUCCAUAAAUGAUUUUCAUAUGUAACCGUUUGCUACAUGCUCUCUUAUGGGGGCUUAAUUCGGCCAUGCUCGUCCCCUGACAAGCGAAGAGCGACAGUGCGCCAUGCGACAGAAGACACCGGUAAUAGGAAAAUAUUCAUCAAAUAAGUCACGUACAAUAGACGAUGUCUUCUGCGCUUGAUAGAGUCCUAACAAAUCGUAAUGAAAGUCGAAGACUGGAAAUGGCGUUAUCUGAUCCUCGUGUUCGACUGCUCUAUGACGUUCGGAUGUUACUUCAACAUCGACAUCAUCAGCGCCGUCCAGGCGGACAUACAGGGACAGGACACUGGGACAUGUGCGAAUAUUUCUAGUAAUGCAACGUGUUGUGAGGGUUGUUUAGGACUGGGUCCCUACCGGUAUAACCAGCUGUACACAGCCUACUCAUGGAUGAACGCAUUGUUUGCCUUACCUGGAGGAUACAUGAUCGACAGAAUUGGGAAUAGAGUAUCUGCAGUAAUCGUAACGAUGCUGGCUACCAUUGGUUCAGUUCUGUUUGCUGUUUCCACCAUGGACGGGAUUCGAGGAACAGCCACAAUGUUUCCGUUGAUGAUUUGCGGUCGCCUGUUUAUUGGCGCAGGAUCCGGAUCGUCACUCAUUGUUCAAGAUCGCGUCGUCGCGUUUUGGUUCAAAGACAGAAUCUCUUUCGUUUAUGGAUUUGUGAUAUUUGCAUUACGCGUGGGGAACGUUUCAAAUUACCUCCUUACUGCCAAUAUAGCAAAAUUGUAUGGGAUCAGAUGGGCAUUUUGGAUGGGGACAUUAGCUUGUGUGAUAGGGGUCUUCUCCGCCGUGAGUUUGGCUGUGGUAGACUACUACGGCACAAAACAACUUGAUGAUGACUGCAAAAUAAGUAUGAAAGCUCUACCUGUGUCCCGUAAGGACAUCCGUGAUUUCCCGGCUACUUACUGGAUGAUUUGUCUCGUGAUCAUGUCCUACUACUCCAGUUAUCUCCCCUUUGUGGGAAAUGGAACCAAAUAUAUCCAGGAUAGGUAUGGAUACUCUAAAACAACAUCCUCCUACUUUACUGGAGCUAUAUAUGACACCUCUGUUGUAAUAUCACCGCUCAUUGGCAGUUUAUUGGGAGCGAUAGACUGCCACGGGAUAGUCCUUAUUGCUGUGUGUGUUCUCACUCUACCAGUCUUUCCACUGCUCUCCUACUGCCACGACAUACACCCUCUCAUCCUCACCAUCUGGAUUGGUGUCUCCUACACGUUCGCUGGUGUAUGUCUGUGGCCAUGUAUUAUCAUUGUGGUGCCGAAGAAAGCUAUAGGUACGGCUAUAGGUAUAGCGACUUUUAUCCAAGGUCUAAGUAUUGGCUUGACAAACCUGGUAACCGGCAAACUUCUUGGCUUCACAGAAGAUCCUGAUAAGGACUCACUACUACAUAAAUACCAGAAGAUGUUUUGGCUGCUACUAGGAAUGUUACUUUUCUCUACACUAUGUUCUGUCGUCCUCAACGUCUUCGACUUAACCAAGGGAAGAUUAUUAAACAGACGACUAGCAAAGAAGAAUUCCAAGGAACUGAAAAGCUUUGUCGACGAAAAAUCUCCACUUAUGACUGAUGCUCCAAGUAUACAGAGCUAUGUAUCUAUAGACGCUAGUAAUGGCGAACUCAUUCCAGGCAUACAGUAAUGACCCUAGUGUUGGACACAUAUGUUAUAGUGAACUUACUACGUAUACAGUAAUGACCCUAGUGUUGGACACAUAUGUUAUAGUGAACUUACUACGUAUACAGUAAUGACCCUAGUGUUGGACACAUACCUUAUAGUGAACUCACUUCGGAUAUACUGUAAUGACCCUAGUGUUGGACACAUAUGUUAUAGUGAACUUACUACGUAUACAGUAAUGACCCUAGUGUUGGACACAUACCUUAUAGUGAACUCACUUCGGAUAUACUGUAAUGACCCUAGUGUUGGACACAUACCUUAUAAUUAACUCACUCCGGAUAUACAGUAAUGACCCUAGUGUUGGACACAUACCUUAUAAUGAACUCACUCCGGAUACACAGUAAUGACCCUAGUGUUGGACACAUACCUUAUAAUUAACUCACUCCGGAUAUACAGUAAUGACCCUAGUGUUGGACACAUACCUUAUAAUUAACUCACUACGGAUAUACAGUAAUGACCCUAGUGUUGCACUCGUAAAGAAUAAAGCAAAGGCUCUUGUUUAUUGACACCAACCAAAUAUCACAUAGACGCAGUUACUGAAGAACUCGUUCCUUAUAAUAGUAAUGACUAAUUGUUGAAUACCGCAUAUAUACAACUUAUACGUUAUAAAUAGUGAACUCACUCAGGGAUAAUAUGAUCACCCUGAUAUUGCCACUAUGUUAUAGUUAUAGUAUGUACCACGUAUGCCAUAUUUAUAGUGUGAAUCCACUCAAGGAAUUCUGUGAUAAUUAUAGAAAAGGACGUCCUAGGUUUUAAACCAGUAUGCUAUGAAUAAUGAACUCGAAGGAAUUAUGUGAUAUACCAGUGCGCUGUGGAAAGGAACUCACUCAAGGGAUUCUUUGACAUACCAGUACGCUACGAAUAGUGAACUCACUCAAGGAAUUAUGUGAUAUACCAGUCCGCUAUAGAAAGGAACUCACUCAAACGAUUCUUUGAUACACAGUACGCUACGAAUAUUGAACUCACUAAAGGAAUUAUGUGAGAUACCACUGCGUUACGAAUAGUGAGCUCACUAAAGGAAUUUGGUGAAAACCUAGUGAAGGACAUCUUUAGAUAUACCAGUGCGCCGUGAAUAGUGAACUCACUCAAGGAAUUAUCAGAUAACCUUGUGUAGGCUGUCCUUAGAUAUACCAGUACGUUAUAAAUAGUGAACCUGUACAGUACGCGUGGAAUCUUGAACACAAUACAGGAAUAUAAUAAUGCCUUUGUUUUUUGCAUCUGUUUACGGCUGGUGAUCUGAAUGUAGGCAUAUAUUGUUGUGAAGUUAUCCUACCUGAAUGAACCCAGCACUAUGUUUCACGAACUUUUCACAUUUUAAUCAAUAACUAAUGAAAGGAUUUUGACGAAACACGGCCAGAAUGAUAGAGGGUUUUAAACUCUUAAAUGCGCUCCUUAAUCCUCGGUGAUGGACUGUGGAACCCAAUUGGAAUAACUUUUUUCAUUCGUUAUCUAUUUCCUACAGUCAUUGCUAAAUGAAUUUUGGUUGAUAUCUGGACAGAGCUUACUUAAUGAUAUUCUAUUUGUUUUGUUUUUAUCAACGUGUUAUAUUGUUUUAGAUAUAACAAAUUCUGAUUAUCUUAAAUUUAUAAAUACAUUCAAUAUAUAUUACCAGUCUACAGUAAACAUGUUUUGUAAGUCAU